CAACCAUAAUCUAUACACCAUGUCAGACGACCCCAUGGCAGACUUCCUCGCGCGGGAAAAGGCAGCCCUCGGCGACGAUGCCGACUUCUUUGCCAACCCCACUCCCUCCGCUGCCUCAGGCAUAGACGCAUUCCCGGACCUCACAUCCCCGGCCGUUGAACCCGAGUCUACACCUGUCAAGCCGCCUACGCCCCAGUAUCAAGGUAUUGAUGCGUUUCCCGACAUUGAUACUCCCGCUGUAGACGGUACACAAAUCAAGGUGACUGGUCCGGCUGGUACUGGGGAAGAUGAGGAUGUCAUGAAGUUUGAGAGUGCUUUCCCUGAUCUGUCUGGGGAGACUGGUUCCCAACCAGCUUCUAAACCCAUAUUUAAUGCCCUCUCUCCUCAGCCGUAUGGCGCAUCGCCAUACCCACCCACUGCUACCACUGCCGUUUCCCGAUCCCCCCACCCCUCCAUCCUCCCCGCUCCUACUUUCAACAACAUCCUUCCUACCGCCGAUGAAGACACUGAGCCUAUCAAGGCCUGGAAAGCUCGUCAAGCCGAAGAGAUUCAAAAGCGUGACGAAGCGGAUAAGAAGAGGAGGGACGAAAUGAGUGAUAGGGCUGAAAAGGCGAUUGACCAGUUCUAUGAGGAAUACAACAAGAUGAAGGAGAAAAAUAUCCGAGAGAACAAGGAGAGCGAAGCCGAGUUCCUCGAAAAGCUUCAAGAGGGUGUCGCCAAGGGAACAGCAUGGGAACGUAUCUCUGACCUCAUCUCGCUCGAAAACUCUCAAUCUAAAACCAUUCGCCCCUCCGUCCCUGGCGGCUCUGACCUUGCGCGCAUGAAGGAGAUCCUCCUCGCCCUCAGGAGGGAAGGUGACAAGGCGCCCGGCGCUGCCGGUUUUUAGAUGCCAUACCACUUUCAGGGGAAGAAGUUGUAAUGAACAAUUGAAUGGAUGACCUUUUGAUAUGGUGUGCUCUUUCCUUUCAUCAAGCUGAUAUUAGUGAGGCUAGACAAGUGCAUGUGGAGGCAGUACGCAGAUCUCACCGCUGGUUAUGAACGACGAGCUGGGAAAAGAAACAAGAGGUAUAAGCAACAGGAGCUGUAUCAGU